CUGGAGGCGGUGUUUUAUUGUAUGAAAUCAGUUUGGGAUUCGUCCGUCGGCGUCGUUCAGUCAUGGCGUCCGGGAAGACGGUGGAUUGAAGCGCUCCCCGCGAAUAACCACCGACAAACCGACUCAUCGCGACUUUAACCGCUGCAUCGCGCUUUGUUUUCGCGAGAUAUCAUUUAACAACACAGUUGCGGAGCUACCCAGUCACAAGGAGUUUUAAUUCAGCAGUAAAGGUGUGUUUGAGCAGUAUGGUGGAGCCAGAGGAGCGGCCCUCGGUGGCAGGACAGAGGCUGGGGGCCCCCGAAAGCAUGGGCAUCAGCACGCUGGAGCCCGGCCAGCGGCCUCCCACCAUGCCCCCCGGCCGACAGGUCGCCGUCCGGGUCCAUAUGUUGGAUGGCACUCAGGAAGUCUUUGAGGUCUCGCAACGUGCUUCAGGGAAGGUGCUGUUUGACCUGAUUUGUGCCCACCUGAACCUCAUCGAGGGUGAUUACUUUGGUCUGGAGUAUCAGGACCACCGUAAAAUGACCGUGUGGUUGGAUCUGCUGAAGCCGACUCUAAAACAAAUCAGACGACCCAAGAACACCAUCCUGCGGUUCGUGGUGAAGUUCUUCCCUCCUGAUCACACGCAGCUGUUAGAAGAGCUGACCAGGUAUCUUUUCGCCUUGCAGAUCAAGCACGACCUGGCCUGUGGACGUUUGACCUGUAAUGAAAGCAGUGCCGCUCUUCUGGUUUCUCACAUAGUGCAAUCUGAGAUUGGAGACUUUGAUGAAGUGCAGUGCAAACAACAUCUACUCAACAACAAGUACAUUCCUGAGCAGGACACACUGAUGGAAAAGAUCAUUGAAUACCAUCGGAAACAUGUUGGGCAAACACCAGCUGAAUCCGACUACCAGCUUUUGGAGAUUGCACGGAGACUUGAGAUGUACGGAGUGCGCCUUCACCCCGCGAAAGAUCGCGAGGGAACGAAGCUCAGCCUCGCCGUGGCCCAUUCUGGUGUGCUGGUCUUUCAGGGACACACCAAAAUAAAUGCUUUCAACUGGUCUAAAGUCCGCAAGUUGAGCUUCAAAAGGAAGCGCUUUCUCAUAAAACUACGACCUGACUUAAACCAGAGUAACUGUCAGGAUACUCUGGAGUUUAUGAUGGGAAGCAGGGACUGCUGCAAGGUGUUUUGGAAGAUUUGUGUGGAGUACCAUGCCUUUUUUCGCCUGUUUGAAGAACCCAAACCCAAGCCCAAACCAGUUCUGUUUACCAGGGGUUCCUCCUUCAGGUUCAGUGGCCGCACACAAAGGCAGGUGAUUGAUUAUGUAAAGGACUCUGAAUUCAAGAAGGUUCCAUUUGAAAGAAAACACAGUAAAAUCCAGUCCAACAGCAGUCUUUCUCCAUUCCCACCCAGGCUAUGUGCCGAGGGUCAAGGAGAGAGGAAUGCCAGUGCUUCAGGACAUCAGAUGGACUCACCUAUUGGGCACGCCCAAGUGACUGUUGAAAACCCAGCUCUCCAGCGUUACACUGGGAGUCUAACCUCACAUACCAAUGGAUGCCGAAAUGGGACCACCGAUGAGCCGGAUAAUCGAUUAAAGCCAUCUCCUACCAAGCAGCAGGCCGAGCAUCUGAGCACAGGUCCAGUUUCUCGGAGCCCACAGCACAGCGAGUCUUCGUCUGCAAGCCAAGUGAUGAUGAACGGCCAGAAACAGAGUCUUAAGCUAGGCCAAAGUCCAGACGGACGGCAGCCUUCUCCUCUCACCACCCCUUUACUGACCGACACUGGCUUCGUCCGCACAGACGACGAGGACGAGGUUCGGAGGAAGAGGUUUCCGACUGAUAAAGCGUACUUUAUCGCCAAAGAGCUCCUGACCACAGAGAGGACGUAUCUGAAGGAUCUGGAGGUCAUAACUGUGUCCUUUCAGAAGUCCGUAGGGAAGGAUGAAGCCUUGCCGGAUUCCUUGAGGAAUCUCAUAUUUGCCAAUUUUGAACCGGUGUACAAGUUUCACGAGAGCUUUCUGAAAGACGUGGAGCAGCGACUGGCUCAGUGGGAAGGCAGAUCUAAUGCACACAUCAAAGGAGACUACCAGCGUGUUGGAGAUGUCAUGCUGAAGAAUAUCCAGGGUUUGAAGCUGCUGACGGCUAAUUUUCAGAAGCAUUCGGAGUCGUUGCUGGAGCUGGAGAGGAUGUGUCGCUCGUCCCGGAAGCUGGAGGGUCUGUGUCGAGACUUUGAGCUCCAGAAGGUCUGUUACCUGCCGCUCAACAUCUUCUUCCUGCGGCCGCUGCACCGCCUCAUACACUACAAACAGAUCCUUGAGCGACUCUGCAAACACUAUCCACCGACACACGACGACUUCAGAGACUCGCGAGCUGCGCUUGCUGAUGUUUCUGAGAUGGUUGUGCAGCUUCACGGCACCCUCAUGAAGAUGGAGAACUUCCAGAAGCUUCUAGAGCUCAAGAAAGACCUCACUGGCAUCGACAGUCUUGCACUUCCUGGACGGGAGUUUAUCAGACUUGGUUGUCUCAGCAAACUCUCUGGAAAGGGUCUACAGCAGAGAAUGUUCUUCUUGUUCAAUGAUGUUCUGAUGUACACUAGUCGAGGGAUGACAGCCUCCAAUCAGUUCAAAGUGCAUGGCCAGCUUCCCCUGUAUGGCAUGACGAUCCGUGAAAGUGAGGACGAGUGGGGCGUCCCACAUUCCUUCACUCUGUUUGGACAGAGACAGUCCGUGGUCGUGGCUGCCAGUUCAGCGUCUGAGAUGGAGAACUGGGUGGAGGACAUCAAGAUGGCCAUUGAACUGGCGGACAAAUGCAAUGGUCCCUCGGCUGAGAUCCUGUCCAGCAGUUUCACUGACAGCAAAUCCCCUGAGGAAUCUAGCGCUGACCAGGAAUCAGAAGAUGACCUGAGUGCCUCACGGACGUCUCUUGAGCGGCAGACGCCUCACCGUGGUAACACCACGGUUCACGUGUGCUGGCAUCGCAACACCAGCGUGUCCAUGGUGGAUUUUAGCGUAGCGUUAGAGAAUCAGUUGUCCGGGAACCUGCUGAGAAAGUUCAAAAACAGCAACGGUUGGCAAAAGUUAUGGGUGGUCUUCACCAACUUCAGUCUGUUCUUCUACAAAACACACCAGGAUGAAUAUCCUCUGGCCAGCCUUCCUCUUCUGGGAUACUCCAUCACCAUUCCCUCGGAGUCUGAGAACAUCCAUAAAGACUACGUCUUCAAGCUCCAUUUCAAAUCACACGUCUACUAUUUCAGAUCUGAGAGCGAGUACACGUUUGAGAGGUGGAUGGAGGUGAUCCGCAGCGCCACCUGCUCCUCCAGUUACAUCUGCUCACUGAACCGCAAAGAGCCGCAAGUCUACUGACCAAAGACCCUCCACAGUCUGCCUGAUCACACACACACACACACACACACACGUCAGGUUCUCUAUCAGGUCCUCUCAACACACUUUAACAUGUUUCUUAUGGAAGAUUUUUGUGUGAUAUAUCGUUGUUUCACUUUAUCGAAAAAUUCAGAAGGCUUUGAAUGGUUUUAGAUGUUUCGUAAGUACAUGAAGUUUCGUAAGUACAUGAAAAUAUGGAUUCAGUGCCAGGAAAUACACAUAUUAUCAUAACAUCAGGUCAAAGGGAAACACUACCAGUUUUGCAGUUCAUUUUAAAUUUAUAAGACACAAAAUCCUUGUUAGUAAACAACAGUCCUCAUUCAUGAAAUGCAAGAACUGAUUUGUGUAAAUCAUUUGUAAAAUUUGUAAGAAUGCUUUCAGGAAUGAUUUUUUUUUAAGUGAAUGCAGUGGUUGAAUGUUGAAUGAGAUGAUUUAUGCUUUUGAAUGUUUUAUUGGUUGUAUAUGAGAGUGUUCUAUAAAUGGUUUAUUGAAGGCUUUAGUGUAUGUGAGACUGGAUAUGUUGAAUUGAAUGUGACGUUUAAUCUGAGGGUUUUACGAACAAUUUACACAUGAGCUUCUUCUGUUGGUGUUUCAUGAAUGAGGUCUAAUGCCUGGAAAAGUUGUCAGGGAAACAUCUCUGGACUGUUUUUACAUUUAGAAACAAUACUCUUUUUAUUACUGACUUAUGUUCUGAUUUUUUAAAUGGCUGACGCUUUCUGUCUACAUCUCCGUGAAAAAAAAAAAAAAAAAAAAAAAACAAUGUGCAGGUCAUAUUUCACUCCAAAAUUGCUUGGAGAAAAAAAUAUAUAUCAUUUUUAGUAAUUAAAUCUUUUGUUUUUACAUAAAAGAUUGCCUUUUCACAAUUGUUUAGUUUUUCUUUUCUUUUAUGACAAAUUUUCCCUGAAUUUUAUAUUAUUGUAAUGCCAACAUAUAUGUAGUACAAUUGUUAGUUUACAUAAUGGUUUUACUUUUUGUGCAAAAUGAAAAUAAAUUCUUUUAUUUAAUUAAUUUUUCAUUAAAACACUAUUAUAUUAGAAAAACAACCUGUGCGCCUCAGCUCACACCUGUAGACGCAUCUAUGCACACGCUGGAUUUGUAAUGUUUUAGCUGGGUUUUACGGCAUAUGCUGCCUUCAAGCGUUUUUACCGCACUCAAACCUUUCUUUUGUAGGAUGUCAUUUUUAUACAAGUUUUGAUACUAACUGUGAACCACUCCACACUAGUUUUGUGAGGGAUUUGCUAUAAUCCCUCAUAAUUUCACAUUAUUCUGUCUUGGUACAAAAAAAAAAAAAAAAAAGGAAUCCAGCUGCCUUUUGUCGAACUGCUUGAGUGCCAAAUUUAUUCUCUUUAACCUUUUUUUUCACACUGUAUAUAUAAACAAUAACAACAAUAUGGAUAUGUUGGCAGAGAUGUAUGUUUGACACUGUGUGAACGUGUUCAGAAUAAACAAAUCCAUAUAUAUAUAGAAAUGUGCUGCGUUUGUCAUUUACAUUUGGAAAAAUAACAACAAAAAAAAGUUUUAUUGUAAAGUGCAAUUUAGAAAACUCAUAUAAACACUUCUAAGGCAGAUGAAUAAAUACACCUGAUCUCCAGAUAUACAGUACUAAUGUGUUUUGUUACAGCACUACAUUUAUUCAAGAUUGUGUCCAUAUUACAUAUAAUAAUAAAUUGUACCCGGAUCCUUUGACAGUUGACUCUAUUGACAUCCCUUGAAUGAAUUUCCUUGGAUCCUGGCACUUUUUAAAGGGGGGGUGAAAUGCUAUUUCAUGCAUACUGAGUUUUUUACACUGUCCAUGUUUAGCAUGGGAAUCCAACUCUUUAACAAAGUUUCAAAAAUUAAGUUGUACGUUUGAAGGAGUAUUUUUGUUCCCAAAAUACUCCUUCCAGUUUGUCACAAGUUUCGGAAAGUUUUUUUCGAGUAUGGGUCUGUGUGAUGUUAGAUGGAGCGGAAUUUCCUUAUAUGGGUCCUGAGGGCACUUCUGCCGGAAGAGCACACGCUCCCGUAUAGCAGAGCAGAGACAUUCACUGAUCAGAGCUUGAGCUUCGCAAAAUGUCACAAAAGGAGUGUGUUUUUGGUUGCCAGGGCAAGACAACCCUGCACAGAUUACCAAAGAAAGAGUUGUGCAAGUGUUUGUGUUUGUUCCCUGUAUUUCGAAGAUGCUUGUUUUACAAACAUGGCCCAGUUUGACAACGGAUUUGCAUAUCGUUUAUUUCUUAAGGAUGAUGCAAUCCAAACGAAAAAGGGUCACGAUCGUGUGUUGGAACCGCAGGCGGUGAGUAAAACUGCUUAAAAUAUCUCUGCCUCCUUGUUAGUGCGUCCGCCUCCCAUCGGAGACCCGGGUUCGAGCCCCGCUCGGAGCGAGUCGUUGCUGCUGCUGCUCUCGUUCAGUUUCAGCCUCUGGAUCUGAUUCUGGAUCAUAAACGGCUAAAUCUGACUGUAAGCCAUGGUUAGUUUUGGAUGAUGGUUUUUCCCUCACGGUAAUGUCACAGCUUCCAAACGCUCUCAACACAAAGCCUACUGGCGCUCGUGAUUCUUUAGCUCCGCCCACACGUCACGCCUCCAGCCGGUCGUGUUUUUCCGGGAAAAAUCGGUACAGACUAUCUUUCUCUUAUGAAUAUAAUAAAACUAAAGACUUUUUGGAGUUAUGAAGGAUGCAGUACUACCCUAUAGGUACUCAAGAUUAACAGGAUAUUGAGUGAAAACGAGCAUUAAGGUAUCACAUAUUUAUACCACAUGCUGAAAUGAAUAUGUCAUAUUGGAGUCUUGCAGAGUGACAAUUUAAAAAAAAGGGGGGGGGGGGGGGGAUUCAGUUUUGAAUAAAACAAAAUGAUCAGAUACUGAAGUGUAAAUGUAAAUCACACAUGAAUGAACUGACAUACAAUGUCUAAAGAAAACAUCUGACAUCUAACAACAUUAGAUAAUAUACCAUCAGAAGUUGAUCGAGGAAGUCUUUUUUCCUCCUGUGAUAUGAAAUAUUACUCCUAUUUAUUUGCCAAAACUAAAAAAGCUCAGUGUUGUUGUGGUAGGUUUCAUUGAGAAACAUGACGACCGAAGCCAAUCAAAGACCAGUAUAUUGUCAUGAAUGUUGUCUCCCCUCUUCAAAAAUAAAUAAAUAAUAAUAAUAUUUAUUAUUAUAUUUAUACUUU